AUGUCAGCUCCUCCCGCCACUGCAGAAUCCGUUGCCGCGCGCGCUGCCUCGGUUCAAGGCGCCAUUGCCCGCGUUAGCUCCGCUGCCGAGUCGUAUGCCGACAUUUCUCGCUCCGCCAUUGGCAGCCCAUCUUCCGCCGCGGAGACUACUGCUGCCCAGCAUGCUCUUGCCCUGGAGGCCAAGAAGCUGCUGCUCCAAGUCCAAGGCCCAAUCGGCGGCAUCAUGGACCUAGUCCAAACCGGCUGCCAAACCGCUGCCAUCAGGGCCCUGCUGGAGAUUGGCGUCUUCAAUGCACUCCCCAAAGAUGGCACGCCCAUGACGGCGGAUGAUUUGAUGCAGAGAUUGGAAGUCCCCGUCGACCGGGCGCUGCUUGUCCGUCUUCUGCGCAAUGUCACCACUACCGGGCCCCUGGCCGAAGUCGACGAGGAGACAUAUGCCCAGACGCCUUCCUCUACCUUGCUCACCAACCCGGAUCUCAUUGCCACCUUCAGGCACAUCAUGGACGAGGCCUGGCCGUCUCUCGCCUUCAUGACCCAGUACUUCAGCGCCAACCACUGGCAGCAACCCACCGACCCGACUAACACUCCAUACACCUUCGCCCACCGCACCGGCGGCAAGGAGAUGUGGUCCCACCUCGCCCAGUUCCCCGAUCGCCAGAGCAACUCGAACCGCGCAAUGAAAGCCCAGUCAUUCGACGCCGUCUGGUCCGUCGGCCUGUACCCGUUCGCCCAGAAAUUGGCGGAACUAUCGUCGCCGGCCGACGACGACCACACGCCACUCGUCGUGGACGUAGGCGGCGGCGCCGGCCAUACGUCGAAAACGAUCCGAGAGCUGUGCGCCGGCGUCAAAGGCCGCGUUGUGCUGCAGGACCUUGCCGAGGUGGUCAAGGACGCGCCGAGCGUCGAGGGCGUCGUGACCAUGGCGCAUGACUUCUUCGCACCGCAACCCGUCAAAGGCGCGCGCAUUUACUACCUCCGCCGCAUCCUGCACGACUGGGCUGACCCGUCUUCGGUCACUAUCCUGCGCCACCUCGCCGCCGCCAUGACCGACUCGUCGCGUGUCGUCAUCGCCGAGCAGAUCCUGCCCACCAAGAACGUGCCCGCCGAGAGCGCCAUGAUCGACAUGAUCAUGAUGACCAUGACUGGCGGCGAACGCACCGAGAAGCAGUGGCAGGAGCUGCUGGCCCAGGCUGGCCUGCGCGUGGAGCGCUUUUACAGGACUCCCGGUACGCUGUUUGGGGCGAUCGAGGCGAGGUUGGCGGCGUGA